GUGACGCAGCUCAUGACACUCUCCAACGAGAGAAGAAAUGUCGCACCACCCGGAACUGUCCGCGGAUUGCUCCAGUGGCCAAAAUGAUGUCUGAAGAAAGUGAGCCCAUGAGGCACAUUGAUCUUGGGUCUCCUUCUCUGGAACAACCAGCGGCUGGUCACUGGUUCCCUGGCCCUCCCCCGCCCGUCUACUCCUGCACUCUGACUCCUGAGCUGGUGGCCAAGGCCCGGGAGGAGCUACAGGAGAAGCCAGAGUGGAGGCUGAGAGACGCACAGGCCCUGAGGGACAUGGUGCUGAAGGAGCAACCUAACCUCCGGACCAGGCUGGACGAUGCCUUUCUCCUGCGCUUCCUACGGGCCAGGAAGUUUGACUAUGACCGUGCAAUGCAGCUGCUCCUCAACUACCACACCAGCCGGCGGGCCUGGCCCGAGGUCUUCCAGGACCUGAAGCCCUCCACGGUCAAACAUGUGUUAGACCUGGGCUUCCUGACUGUUCUGCCCCAUCCGGACCUUAAUGGAUGCUUCAUCCUCUGUCUCAGACCUGGAAAAUGGAAAGCAAAUGACUAUCCAUUUGAGGACAACAUCCGGGCCAUUUACCUGACUCUGGAGAAGCUGAUUCAGCCAGAGGAGACUCAGGUGAAUGGGAUCGUCAUCUUAGCAGACUAUACUGGUGUGGGCUUGUCCCAGGCAUCCAAUCCGGGCCCGUUCCUGGCCAAGAAGGUUGUCAGCAUCCUUCAGGAUAGCUUCCCAAUAAGAAUCAAGGCUGUUAACAUCAUAAAUGAGCCCCGGAUUUUCAAAGGGAUCUUUGCAAUAAUUAAGCCUUUCCUGAAGGAGAAGAUGGCAGAGAGGUACGUUCUCCAUGGGUCAGACCUGCGCUCUCUGCACCGCAAAAUUCCUCAAUCCGUCCUGCCAGAGGAGUAUGGUGGAGUGGCCAGACACCUUGACAUGUCAGCCUGGUCAAAGACAUUACUGGACUCUGAGGAGGAGUUUGUAGUGGAGUUCUGCCAGCCAGAUCCUCUAGAGGGCGUAGUCCUCCCAGACUCCAUGCUGUUUGAAGGGGAGCAGCCUGGUGGUGGUGCCAGGGAUGACGACACCUUCAGGGGGCUACGCUCUCAGCUCUACUACUGUUACUGAUAAUGACCACCACCACCUCUCGCUACUAUGAGGACACAAGCCUGGUCCCAGAUGUGUUUGUGCUGUCUUGCCAACUUCUAUGGUCAUUGAUGUGACAUUGACCAUAGUUGGUAAAACAGAACUAGAUCUGGGACCAGACUGAGGACACCACUGUUUAUUUUUCCCACUAAUUGUUCUUUUGACCAAUCACAUCAGAUAUUUUUUAGAUCUGAUUGUUUUUCACUAAUUGGUCUUUUGACCAAUCAGAAUAAGGCUGCCUGUAUAAACGCAGCAAAAGUUAUUUAGUAGAAAUCACUACAGGAAGAGCUAAAGAGAUGUCUGGGCUCAUAUUCAAAAAGCUUCUCAAGAGUAGGAGUGCUGAUAUAGGAUCCGUUUUUACCUUUGAGAUCAAAAUGAAUAUGGGGCCUACUACACUCCACAUUGGCCAAGCAUAAGGCAACUUUAGGUUCUGGUAAGGAAGCUUUACAGGAGCUGCUAAUGCAUGUUUACUUAUUUAGUAGUUUGUGCCUCUGUUUUAAAAUGGCUCUGAUUUCCAUUGUAAGAUGUAUUUCCCAUAGAGGAAGAUGUUCGACUGUGCCCAUUUGAAAUGCCACUCACUUCCACUUUCUCCUUAAUUUCUCAGAAUACAAGUACUGAGGCUCUUCAUUGGCAUGGUGAUAUUCAAACACCAUGUAGUUACAGAAUACAUGUACUGAGGCUCUUCAUUGGCAUGGUGAUAUUCAAACACCAUGUAGUUACAGAAUACACGUACCGAGGCUCUUCCAUCGGCAUGGUGAUAUUCAAACACCAUGUAGUUACAGGACACAUACUUUGCCUUAAUCUAUUUUUGAUAAUGAUAGAUAUGCAAGGGGUUAUGAAUGGGGUUUAAUUUGUAUGUAAUCAUACAAGUAUGCCACUUUUAUCCAAAGCAACGUACAGUGCAGUGAGUGGAUAGCGUACAAUUGUAGCAUGUGUAUGUAAUUCCAGCAGGAAUUGAAACCCAUGAACUUGCCUUUGCUGGCGCCAUGCUCUUCCUGAACCACUCAAGACCUGUAAUGUCUGAGUUACUGAGCGCCAAAGCCUACAGUGUACCUACAUUACCAUUCAAAAGUUUGAGGUCACUUUGAAAUGUCCUUGUUUUUGAAAGAAAAACACUUUGUCCAUUAAAAUAAUAUCAAAUUGAUCAGAAAUACAGUGUAGAUGUUAGUGUUGUAAAUUACUAUUGUAGCUGGAAACUUGAUUUAAAAAACAAAAAAAACAAAGGGAUAUCUACAUAGGCGUACAGAGGCCCAUUAUCAGCAGCCAUCACUCCUGUGUUCAAAUCAAAUUUUAUUUGUCACAUUCACAUGGUUCGCAGAUGUUAAUGCGAGUGUAGCGAAAUGCUUGUGCUUCUAGUUCCGACAAUGCAGUGAUAACCAACAAGUAAUCUAACAAUUCCAAAACUACUGUCUUAUACACAAAGUGUAAGGGGAUAAAGAAUAUGUACAUAAAGAUAUAUGAAUGAGUGAUGGUACAGAGCAGCAUAGGCAAGAUACAGUAGAUGGUAUCGAGUACAGUAUAUACAUAUGAGAUGAGUAUGUAAACAAAGUGGCAUAGUUAAAGUGGCUAGUGAUACAUGUAUUACAUAAAGAUGCAGUAGAUGAUAUAGAGUACAGUAUAUAUGUAUACAUAUGAGAUGAAUAAUGUAGGGUAUGUGAACAUUAUAUUAGGUAGCAUUGUUUAAAGUGGCUAGUGAUAUAUUUUACAUAAUUUCCCAUCAAUUCCCAUUAUUAAAGUGGCUGGAGUUGAAUCAGUGUGUUUGCAGCAGCCACUCAGUGUUAGUGGUGGCUGUUUAACAGCCUGAUGGCCUUGAGAUUUAAGCUGUUUCUCAGUCUCUCAGUCCCAGCUUUGAUGCACCUGUACUGACCUCGCCUUCUGGAUGAUAGCGGGGUGAACAGGCAGUGGCUUGGGUGGUUGUUGUCCUUGAUGAUCUUUAUGGACUUCCUGUAACAUCGGGUGGUGUAGGUGUCCUGGAGGGCAGGUAGUUUGCCCCCGGUGAUGCGUUGUGCAGACCUCACUACCCUCUGGAGAGCCUUACGGUUGUGGGCGGAGCAGUUGCCGUACCAGGCGGUGAUACAGCCCGCCAGGAUGCUCUCGAUUGUGCAUCUGUAGAAGUUUGAGUGCUUUUGGUGACAAGCUGAAUUUCUUCAGCCUCCUGAGGUUGAAGAGGCGCUGCUGCGCCUUCUUCACAAUGUUGUCUGUGUGGGUGGACCAAUUCAGUUUGUCUGAUGUGUAUGCCGAGGAACUUAAAACUUACUACCCUCUCCACUACUGUUCCAUCGAUGUGGAUAGGGGGGUGUUCCCUCUGCUGUUUCCUGAAGUCCACAAUCAUCUCCUUAGUUUUGUUAACGUUGAGUGUGAGGUUAUUUUCCUGACACCACACUCCGAGGGCCCUCACCUCCUCCCUGUAGGCCAUCUCGUCGUUGUUGGUAAUCAAGCCUACCAAUGUUGUGUCGUCCGCAAACUUGAUGAUUGAAUUGGAGGCGUGCGUGGCCACGCAGUCGUGGGUGAACAGGGAGUACAGGAGAGGGCUUAGAACGCACCCUUGUGGGGCCCCAGUGUUGAGGAUCAGCGGGGUGGAGAUGUUGUUGCCUACCCUCACCACCUGGGGGUGGCCCGUCAGGAAGUCCAGUACCAGUUGCACAGGGCGUGGUCGAGACCCAGGGUCUCGAGCUUGAUGACGAGCUUGGAGGGUACUAUGGUGUUAAAUGCCGAGCUGUAGUCGAUGAACAACAUUCUCACGUAGGUAUUCCUCUUGUCCAGAUGGGUUAGGGCAGUGUGCAGUGUGGUUGAGAUUGCAUCGUCUGUGGACCUAUUUGGGCGGUAAGCAAAUUGGAGUGGGUGUCAGGUAGGGUGGAGGUGAUAUGGUCCUUGACUAGUCUCUCAAAGGACUUCAUGAUGACGGAAGUGAGUGCUACGGGGCGGUUGUCGUUUAGCUCCGUUACCUUAGCUUUCUUGGGAACAGGAACAAUGGUGGCCCUCUUGAAGCAUGUGGGAACAGCAGACUGGGAUAGGGAUUGAUUGAAUAUGUCCGUAAACACACCAGCCAGCUGGUCUGCGCAUGCUCUGAGGGUGCGGCUGGGGAUGCCAUCUGGGCCUGCAGCCUUGCGAGGGUUAACACGUUUAAAUGUUUUACUCACCUCGGCUGCAGUGAAGGAGAGUCCGCAUGUUUUCAUUGCAGGCUGUGUCAAUGGCACUGUAUUGUCCUCAAAGCGGGCCAAAAAGUUAUUUAGUCUGCCUGGGAGCAAGGCAUCCUGGUCCGUGACUGGGCUGGUUUUCUUUUUGUAAUCCAUGAUUGACUGUAGACCCUGCCACAUACCUCUUGUGUCUGAGCCGUUGAAUUGAGAUUCUGCUUUGUCUCUAUACUGACGCUUAGCUUGUUUGAUUGCCUUGCUGAGGGAAUAGCUGCACUGUUUGUAUUCGGUCAUGUUUCCGGUCACCUUGCCCUGAUUAAAAGCAGUGGUUCGCGCUUUCAGUUUCACGCGAAUGCUUCCAUCAAUCCACGGUUUCUGGUUUGGGAAUGUUUUAAUCGUUGCUAUGGGAACGACAUCUUCAACGCACAUUCUAAUGAACUCGCACACCGAAUCAGCGUAAUCGUCAAUGUUGUUGUUUGAUGCAAUACAAAACAUAUCCCAGUACACGUGAUGGAAGCAGUCUUGGAGUGUGGAAUCAGAUUGGUCGGCCCAGCAUUGGACAGACCUCAGCGUGGGAGCUUCUUGUUUUAGUUUCUGUCUGUAGGCAGUGAUCAACAAAAUGGAGUCGUGGUCAGCUUUUCCGAAAGGAGGGCGGGGCAGGACCUUAUAUGCGUCGCGGAAGUUAGAAUAGCAAUGAUCCAAGGUUUUGCCAGCCCUGGUUGCGCAAUCGAUAUGCUGAUACAAUUUAGGGAGUCUUGUUUUCAGAUUAGCCUUGUUAAAAUCCCCAGCUACAAUGAAUGCAGCCUCAGGAUGUAUGGAUUCCAGUUUGCAAAGAGUCAAAUAAAGUUCGUUCAGAGCCAUCAAUGUGUCUGCUUGGGGGGGAAUAUAUACGGCUGUGAUUAUAAUCGAAGAGAAUUCUCUUGGUAGAUAAUGUGGUCGACAUUUGAUUGUGAUGAAUUCUAAAUCAGGUGAACAGAAGGACUUGAGUUCCUGUAUGUUUUUGUGAUCACACCACGUCUUGUUAGCCAUAAGGCAUACGCCCCCGCCCCUCUUCUUACCAGAAAGAUGUAUGUUUCUGUCGGCGCGAUGCGUGGAGAAACCAGCUGGCUGCACCGACUCCGAUAGCGUCUCUCCAGUGAGCCAUGUUUCCGUGAAGCAAAGAACGUUACAGUCUCUGAUGUCUCUCUGGAAUGCUACAUUUGCUCGGAUUUCAUCAUCCUUGUUGUCAAGAGACUGGACAUUGGCAAGAAGAAUGCUAGGGAGUGGUGCACGAUGUGCCCGUCUCCGGAGUCUGACCAGAAGACCGCCUCGUUUCCCUCUUUUACGAAGUCGUUUUUUUGGGUCGCCGGCUGUGAUCCAUUCCGUUGUCCUGGGUGAAAGGCAGAUCACAGGAUCCGCUUCGCGAAAGUCAUAUUCUUGGUCGUACUGAUGGUGAGUUGACGCUGCUCUUAUAUUCAGUAGUUCUUCUCGACUGUAUGUAAUGAAACCUAAGAUGACCUGGGGGACUAGGUGGGGUAUGUUGUGUUAGCUAAUCCAAGUGUAUCAUUUUAAAAGGCUAAUUGAUCUUUAGAAAAAACUUUUGCAAUUAUGUUAGCACAGCUAAAAUCUGUUCUGAUUAAGGAAGCAAUAAAACUGGCCUUGACUGGUUGAGUAUCUGGAGCAUCAGCAUUUGUGGGUUCAAUUACAGGCUCAAAAUGGCCAGUAACAAAGACUUUAUUCUGAAACUCGUCAGUCUAUUCUUGUUCUGAGAAAUGAAGGCUAUUCCAUGCGAGAAAUUGUCAAGAAACUGAAGAUCUCAUACAACGCGGUGUACUACUCACAGAACAGCGCAAACUGACUCUAACCAGAAUAGAAAGAGUGGGAGGUCCCGGUGCACAACUGAGCAAGAGGACAAGUACAUUAGUGUCUUAGUGUCAAAAAAAUGUGCUUUUCAAAAAUGAGGACAUUUCUAAGUGACCCCAAACUUCUGAAUGGUAGUGUACCUACAUGAGUGUGACAUCAAAGCAAUCUUGAUGCACAUUUGUUCAUAUUGAUACUAAUUUAACUUGUCCUGAUCAGUUGUCACUCAUGCUGAUUUGAUUUCCACCACUAGCAUUGUAAAUUGUGGAUAGUUGUAUGAUAUAAAAGUACUAACUACAGUAUUACAUUAAAUUUAACAUAGCUCAAAUUAACAUGAACAUUUUUGACAUUUAAUAGCUAGUAUGUAGAUGAAAUUGCCAUGUUUCUGCAUUGUUCUAGACAAGUUUGAAUCCACAGACUAUUUUGAUAUGUAACGUUACAGAUAGAUACAGCUACUUUGUGUUUUCUUUGCAUUAACCAUUGAAAUUGCCUAUGCUGUGAUCUGGAAACUGGUCCAUAAUGUUUUGUUUUACCAGUUACAAUCUCAACCCAGGGUACAGAAGCCAGCUAUGGGGAUACCCACCCAGCAACACUGGAGCUAUGUCAUUGUGCCAAAUAUUUUAUUAUUACCAUGGACCAUUUAGAGGUUAGGUUAUAUAGUGCAGAUGAACUCACUCAAUAGACAAAGAGUAUACCAAACAUUAGGAACACCUUCCUAAUAUUGAGUUCCUUCUUUAACCUGUCUCCUUCCCUUCAUCUACACUGAUUGAAGUGGAUUUAACAAGUGACAUCAAUAAGGGAUCAUAGCUUUCACCUGGUCAUUCAAUGUCAUGGAAACAGAUGUUCAUCAUGUGUUGUAUACUCAUGAAUUUAUAUUUUAUUCAUUAUUUUAUGAAAGGCCAAAUUGUUUGAAAAAUAUAUAUUUUGUCAUUAAGUUACAUUCCACAAUGUUAUAUUGUAAUUAGCUAAUCAAUUUAUUUUUCUAAGAUGUCUAAGCAUGUCUGCAGUCUCUUCAUAUUUUAGAGUAGGCCUUCAUUGAUCAAUAGAUGAAUAAACACAUUUCAAAUUCA